AGACUCGCCUGCACUAUUCUCACUCCGGGUGAGAAUAGAGGUGGCCAUUAUAUAAACUGUCUUCCAACACAGUUUGCAAAUUGCAGAUAGAUGUGUUUGAAAUAUCUAUGGGAAAAAGUGCAUAUAUGUCUACCACUACCAGCAGCUGGACUAGACUAGAUCUAACAUACAUGUGACUUGUCACUGAGAUCCAAAGCUGUGAGGGAUGAAUUUUUCCUGUAUGAAUGCAGCAUGGCUUUUGUCUUGUUCAAAGUGUCAAUAAUCAAAAAUCGAAGAAUUGGAAAUGUUAAAAUCUUUUCUUUACUUGUCUUCAGAAUAAAACCCAUCGAGGUUUACUUCACUUGUUUCAUCUAAUAAAUGUAGAUGAACAAUGGCGCUGGAUGUGUAGCAGAAUGUUAUGGCUCAGUAUAAGCACUAAUGGCCUCACGGAGUGAAUCUGGUGCCUCAUCCCCGAGAGCAGGACUGGUUACAUGUCCAACCUGCGAAUACUCUGUCCCCCAAGCCCCUGGAAAGAAGAGAACAAUUUGCCCAAAUUGUGGAAACUUUUACAGCAAAGAAGCAGCUGAAAUUGCAACCUCUUUUCAACGUAGUUCAAGAAGUCGAGCUUCGAAUAAACAGAACAAUGAGCAGCCCCAGCACAGCUCCCAACAAAGAAAACCUCCUGAGUCAUCAGGUGGGAACGAAAACAGGAGUAGGUCCGGAGGCAGACUGGGGACGAUCAGCAGCUUCUUUCAAAACUUGACACCAAAUUCUCGGAGGUCUUCACGAGAGGCAAGAAGUGAAUCAACGUCUCCUUUCGAAACCUCUAAUGCUGGAGCAAAAGACUCUUUGCCACCAAUAGACAGCAACAGUCGGUCUCAUCUGACAAGUCGGAAUGGUACACCUUCCUACUACAGCAGCAAUAACAGCAACAGCAAAACAGGGGCUACUGAUGGGGCUGGGGGACAAGGGUCUCCAUGUGGAGAAAACUGCAUUCAUCAUAAAAAAUCUAGCAACAGUCGGAGAGGUCAGAGGGAAGAAGAUAAUAGUCACAGCCACCAUCACCACCAUCACCAUUGUGGAAGUCAUCAUCCGCAAAAAAACAGUCUUUCUCCUCGAGUAUUAAACUCUGGGCCAAGUCGCUCGUCAAGCACCCCAUCCAAGUCCAGUGGAGAUAUCAAUGGAGACAAUCAUGAUGAAGUUGUGGGUCCAGUUCGAACAAAAACUGUAGAACAGCUCAAAGCUGAUUUUGUUACUGCAAAGGAAACAGGAAAUUGGAGAAUACUGCUGGACUUUUACUCAAUGACUUUCGAUUCGUUUGUUGAGCUAAAUGCUGCUUUCAAGCGAGACCCAACAAAGGACUAUAGGACAACAGAAGAUCCGGGUCUGAAGUUUGAUUUCAUCAGUUUGGUGUAUGACAUACUCAUUAAAACGCCCCAAGGACUGCAGAAAGAAGUGCUGAAAGCUGUGAUUAACUCUUUGCUGAAGGACAAAAGAAGUCGGGACGGGAGAAUAUGGCCUCACAGUAAAGAUGACCUCCGCGCUUUCCUGAUUCUUGUCCAGAAUCCUCAGUUCUCAAAUCAGACAGCAUAUGUGAUAUUUGCUCAUCUCCUGCGACAGAUAGCUGCUUUGUCUGAUCAUGAUCACCAUUACCUUGUACACUGGCUGAAACGAUUGAAGCAAGAUCGAUUCCGGCCUGUGGUGGAACGAAUACACAACUUCAUAUCUGUUCGCUUGUUUCCUUCAAAGCCUGAAGAUUUACCCCCCUUGUCAAAAUGUUCUUGGUGGAUUCCUAGUGCAACGAAAGUUUUGGCUUUGUUUAAUGCAGCAAACAACUUGAUGCUCCCACCUAUAGUGACAUACACAGAGUUCUACAACAGCACUUUGGACCAUCUGGACUUGAUGGCUGAGUACUAUGCGUGGCAGAAUCCCAGUUCACAUGCAGGAUUUUCUUUCUGUCAAUACCCAUUUAUAUUGAGCAUAGCUGCGAAAAGAACUGUCCUUCAGAAAGAUUCAGAGCAGCAAAUGAUAAUUAUGGCCAGGAAAAGCUUAGUGGCCAAAGUGCAGCGUCGCCAGUUACCAGAUAUUGGAAUGCUCUUUCUGAAUCUCACUGUACGACGAUCACACCUGGUCUCUGAUUCACUGAAUGAAAUUGCCCAGAAGCAACAUGACUUGAAGAAGAAGCUCAAAGUUUCCUUCACAGGGGAACCAGGACUUGACAUGGGAGGCCUCACCAAAGAAUGGUUCUUACUUCUGGUCCGACAGAUCUUUUUGACAGACUACGGUAUGUUCACAUAUGACAAACAUGCAGGUGUUCACUGGUUUAGUCCAAACCCUUGUGACAAUUAUCAGGAGUUCAAUCUUGUUGGAGUGCUCAUGGGUUUGGCUGUGUACAAUUCUAUCAACUUGGACAUCAGAUUCCCUCCUGUGUGUUACCGCAAGCUUUUGUCGCCUGCAGUGGUACCCUUCAACAACCCACGAGCAACUGUGGGUAUCUCUCCUGUCACAAUGCAUGACUUGAAAGCCAUACAACCGGGUGUAGCCAAAGGCUUGCAGGAACUCCUCGACUACGAUGGCGAUGUUGAAGAUGUGUUUUGUCUCAACUUUGAAGUUGUUACGUCAAACGUUGGUACCACCAAAACAUCUCCUCUGAAACCCAACGGUGAAAAUAUUCCAGUUACAAAUGAAAACAAGAAGGAAUAUGUGCAGCUGUAUAUUGAAUGGGUUCUCAACAACUCCAUCUAUGCCCAGUUUCAGGCUUUCUACCAUGGCUUCCACAGUGUCUGCGCUUCAAAUGCUCUCAUUAUGCUUCGACCAGAGGAAGUGGAGACACUUGUGUGUGGAAGCCCUACACUGGUGAUGGAGGAUCUAAAGAAAGUCACUGUUUAUGACGGCUACACAGCCCAAAAUCCUACAAUCAGAUAUUUCUGGGAUGUUGUCCUCAAUCUACCCUUGGAAACACAAAAGAGGCUGUUGCUGUUUGCUACAGGGAGUGACCGCAUUCCUAUUGGUGGCAUCAGUGAAAUGACAUUUAAAAUCUCCCGCAUUGAUGAUCUGAAACUGCUGCCGAUGUCCCACACCUGCUUCAAUCAGCUGGUGCUUCCUCCAUACAAGAACAAGAAGGUUUUGAAGCAAAAACUCAUCACUGCCAUCUCUAAUGCUGAAGGUUUUGGACUAGAAUAAAACAUAAUGAUGUCAAGCUUUUCAGUAUUGAGCUGCAUGGGGGAAAAUGAGUAAGCACGUAUAUUUGAGAUACUGCUUAACAGUGAAGAUAUCGUAUCCCCUCCUUCCUUCUAUCAAGAAAGAAACAACAGAUAGAAUCAGGAGCCUGCACCAUUGUGCUUCAUAGUCUGAGAUAUGUAAUCCUUUACAGUUGUUAAAAUGACUUGGUCUUUCAGUAAUUUCUAAUGUUAGUGUUACAUCAAAGGAGAAGAAUGUAUUCAACACCCCCACUCACCCCCACUCCCCCAUUGUGACAUUUGACAGAUCUUCUGUUCUGUAUGUGAAAAUUCUUAUAUAAAGCAAAAUAAUUCAGUCUAAAAUGUAGAAAGUUUUUAGCAUCAUCUUACCUUUUGCUCCAAUUUGUGAUAUAUGGAAACAUCGUAUAUAACUAUUUCUUUGUUGUUGUUUUUUAAAUCACAUGUGAAGAAUUAUUUUUUUAGCUCACAGUUUACAGAAGAGAGUGCAAACUAUUUUGCCUUUUAUUUCACCAUGUUGUGAUGUUUCUUUUUUUUUUUUUAUAUAAAAAUAAUAUUGAUUACCUUGAAGUACCAUAUGUGCAAAAAUUCUAACUGUUGUUACCAGUGUUUAGAGGGUGUAAAAAUCUUUCAAAGGGAAUGUAAUGUUUUGAACAGUAGUUUGCUCAUGGGGUGUAGACAGAAUAUACGAGUUUGACAUGGUCAGCAGAUGUGGCAAACCAUGAUUUGAUUUAACAUGAAAAUGCUUUUGAGAACUAAUGUCAGGACCAUUUUCAGUUUUGAUAAACUCCAUAGCUUCAAAGCCCCAUUGAUUAUGUUAUUGAGGCAUUGUUGGCAGUCCUUUUGUAAAAUAUUUAGAUGCAGUUCUCGUGCAUUCGAAUUUGAUGAAGUUUGAUUAUGGCUCAGACCUCUCUAGUGAGAUUUUGCUGAAUAAUUCUAGUUUGACUUCAUCUGAUCAAAUUUAAAGAAAGCAGAUGGGUUCAUUUGGUGGUUUUUUUACCAAUUUGUAUAUAAGUUACUUGGUCUACUAGGUUGCAGAAUAGAUUAUGCACAUGGGCCACAAUAACAUAAAACUCAGGAUAAUUAAAUUUGGACAGAGAGGAGAUUGAUGCAAGUGUAUAGUAUUUCUUUCAUGAGAAGGAUACUGAAUGCACUUCUGUUAAUUGAUAUCAUGAUGCCACAGUAAUAUGAUGGCGAUGGAGAAGACAACGAAUGGACAAUGGAAAGAGUCAAGCUAAAACAUAAUUUUUUUAACUUCUUCUGAGGUCACGUGGAAAACUUUUUUUCACUGAUUCCAUUUGAUAUGUGUGCAUUGGCCACUUUGAUUUUUAUCAGUCCAGUCUGAUCAUGUAGACCCUACAUAUAGAAUAAAUGCACAGCCCACUUCAGCAAACUUUUUAUUAACCCUUUGAGCCCUGACCUUCUGAGGCAAGCAUGCCCCUCUGCCUGAGCUCCUGAGCGAUAUAUUAUUAACAUUCAUAUGAUCGUCAAAAUCACAUUUCAAAUCUCACUCAGGGUACGUAGUACCACCAUCUAAUUCAGAAAGGUCUUUUUUAAAAAUCAAUAACGUCUUGUCUUGUAAACGCUGUUUUCCAUCCGUGUUUUGUCUCAGGUGGGCCGAGUUGGGGAUGGGGUCUCGCUCAUUGAUGUACCGGUUGCUAGGCCUACGAACAGUUUUAUGCGCCACCGGUAUAUCGGUGGCAAGGGUUCUGGUUCAAAGGGUUAAAUGAUCACUUGCAAACAAGUAAUCCCUUAUGUGUACGAUUUUGCAGUUUAGAAAAAAGAAUCUCAAGUAUUUAUGAAAUAGAAUCUAUACAGCAGUGUCACACUCCAAAUACAUUCUACUUUGUUAUUAUAUGCAAGUUCUUUGCUCAAUAUUAUGAUAUGGUAGGCUGCAUUACAGGAAAAGUGACUUUUGACUCUUGUAAUGGCCAGAUUGGAAUGGCUUCACACUCAAAAUGUAUGGAAUGCAAGUCUGGGACAUGAAUAUUAGUGAAAAAAGUAGUGUGUGUUUUAAUGCAAAAUGUUAUGAUGUUGUGAAUUGAAUGCCAGUUUGGAGGAAAUUUUUCUCCUGGAGGAUAGUGCAAUAGUAUUACAUUUGAUAUAUGAACAUUUUUUGUAGCUUUGAUUAUUUCCAUCCGUCCAUUUUUGCUGAAUACUUUAAUGUAUAUAUAUACUGUUAUGUGUAUGCUUGUUUGUAUAUGUAUGUAUAGAGAUUGUUAUUUAUCCGUCCACAACUGAUCUAUUUCUAGGUGAUUAUCUUUCAUCAGUAUUAGAGCAUGGACUCUUAUGCUUUUUUUAUUCUUAACUCUCUACUUCCGUUCUUCUUAUACUUGUGCAGUUUGAGUCAGAUCAGUGAUUGCUCUCUUAUCACUGCUUGUGUUACUGUUGUGCACUUCAGACGUGUUAAAAAUCAUUAAUAUCAUUUUUUUGUUAAAUGAAGGUGCAGAUCCACUUGCAUUGAUUCCUGGUAUUUUAAACCUUUACAAGAUCUGUAUUUUGCAUGCGAAAUGAAAUGUCUCCACAAAACCCUGAACAUCACAAGAGGAGACAGGCAGAGAAAUGAAGAAGUAAGAGCAGCUACCGUCCAUGCCGGCUUUAAGCACGGUCUU